AUGCCUCCCAAGGCCCCGAAAGUAAAGGCGCCCAAGGUCGUCCCGGUCGUGGCCGACGCCGGCCCGCCGCCGAACCUCGACUUCAUCCCGCACCGUAUCGCUGUCUACGACCGCCUCAAGGCCGCUGCCGACGCCGAGCUCGCCAGCAAGCCCCGCGAGCCCAUCACCGUCACCCUGCCCGACGGCCGCCAAAUCGCCGGCACGUCCUACGAGACCACGCCCUACGACAUUGCCCGCGGCAUCAGCAAGUCCCUGGCCGACCGCACGGUCAUUUCGCGCGUCAAUGGCACCUUGUGGGAUCUGAUGCGCCCCUUUGAGGGCAGCGCCAACGUCGAGCUGCUCGACUUUGAGGACGAGGAGGCCAAGCGUGUCUACUGGCACUCGAGCGCCCACAUCCUGGGCGAGGCGGCCGAGAAGACAUUCGGCUGCCACCUCUGCUUCGGCCCGCCCACCGACGAGGGGUUCUUUUACGAUUUCGGCAUGCCCGCCGAGGACGGCGAGGGCAAGCCCAACGCGCACAGCGCCGUCACCGACGACGACGAGAAGCGCAUUGCCUCGCUCAUGGAGGGCAUUGUCCGCGAGCGCCAGCCCUUUGAGCGCCUCGUCAUGACCAAGGCCAACCUGCUGGAGAUGUUCAAGUUCAACAAGUACAAGCAGGUGCUCAUCAACUCCAAGAUCCCCGACGGCACGUCCACCACGGUCUACCGCUGCGGCCCGCUCAUUGAUCUGUGCCUGGGCCCCCACGUCGUCGACACCGGCCGCAUCAAGGCGUUUGCCGUGCUCAAGCACAGCGCGUCGUAUUUCCUCGGCGACGCCAAGAACGAUUCGCUGCAGCGCGUGUACGGCAUCUCGUUCCCCGACAAGAAGCUGCUCUCCGACUACAUGAAGUUUUUGGAGGAGGCCGCCAAGAAAGACCACCGGCGCAUUGGCCAGGACCAGGAGCUCUUCUUUUUCCACAAGAUGUCGCCCGGCUCGCCGUUUUUCCUGCCCCACGGCAUGCGCAUCUUCAACGCACUCAAGUCGUUUAUCGUCAGCGAGUACCACAAGCGCGACUACGUCGAGGUCAUGUCGCCCAACAUGUUCAACGCCGACCUGUGGCGCACGUCCGGUCACUGGCAGCACUACCAGGAGGACAUGUUCACGCUCGAGAUUGAGAAGCAGCAGUGGGGAUUAAAACCCAUGAACUGCCCCGGCCACUGUCUCAUCUUCGGCUCCAGAGAACGCUCGUACCGCGAACUGCCGCUCCGCAUGGCUGAGUUUGGUGUGCUCCACCGCAACGAGGCAUCGGGCGCCCUCUCGGGACUCACGCGCGUGCGCCGCUUCAUCCAGGACGAUACCCACAUUUUCUGCCAGGAGGACCAGAUCGGCGAGGAGAUCCGCGACCAGUUCGACUUCCUCCAGACCGUCUACGGCAAGCUCGGCAUGAAGUUCCGCCUCAAGCUGUCGACGCGCCCCGAGCAGUACCUCGGCCACAUCGACACGUGGAACCGCGCCGAGGCCACGCUGCAAAAGGCCCUCGACGAGUUCUCCGAGAAGACCGGCGACGAGUGGGAGCUCAACCCCGGCGAUGGCGCCUUCUACGGACCCAAGGUCGACAUCCAGAUCAUGGACGCCCUGCGCCGGUGGCACCAGUGUGCCACUGUGCAGCUGGACUUCCAGCUGCCGCAGCAGUUCAACCUGAGCUACAUGUCGGCGGCCAGCAGCAACCCUGCCGACGCCGCCAAGGCUGACGAGACGCCUGCGGAGCGGCCGGCCGAGGCUCCCGCUGCUGCUGAGGCCGCUCCCGCCGAGGCCGCUUCUGCCGAGGCUGCUCCUGCCGACGGUGCCAUCCCGGCGGGCGGCCCUGUCGUGCUGCCCCUGGCGCCGGGCUACGCGCGCCCCGUCAUGAUCCACCGUGCCGUGCUGGGCAGUUUCGAGCGCUUCAUUGCCACAUUGAGCGAGCACUUUGGCGGCAAGUGGCCGUUCUGGAUGAGCCCGCGGCAGAUCCUGCUGGUGCCCGUCAUGGCGGACGCCGAGGACUACGUGCGCGAGGUGCACAAGGUGCUCAAGGCCAAGGGCUUCUACGUCGACUCGGACCUCGGCGCCAACACCAUGAACAAGAAGAUCCGCAACGGCCAGGUGCUGCAGUACAACUACAUCUUUGUUCUCGGCUCCAAGGAAAUGCAGGACCGGAGCGUCAGCAUCCGCAUCCGCGACUCCAAGGGCGACCUCACGACGCUGUCACUGGACCAGGUGGUGGAGCGGCUGGUGAAGCUGCGGGAGGACAAGGGCCUGGACAUGGACCUGUCGGACCAGGUCGGGACCAAGGUAGAGGAGAAGACGGAGAAGACGGAGAAGGCAGAGAAUUAA